AUGUUCAAAUUUAUACUGCCCGUAUUGUUGCUGAUUACCUCAUGUCUUGGCAGGCCCGAAAGCCAAAUUCGUCGAUUCCCAAACGACUUUCUCUGGGGAGUUGGUUCAUCUGCUUACCAAAUCGAGGGAGGCUGGAACGCGGAUGAUAAGGGGGAAUCGAUCUGGGACUUUCUCACCCACACACAUCCCGAGAAAAUAGCCGAUCAAUCAAACGCUGAUAUCUCGGCGGACAGCUAUCAUCAGUGGAAACGGGAUGUUCAAAUGGUGAAAAAACUGAAUGUUGGCACGUACCGAUUCUCCUUGUCCUGGCCCCGAAUAAUGCCCGGUGGAUAUAAGAAUCGCGUCAGCACGGCAGGCAUUAAAUACUACUCAAAUCUGAUCGACGAGCUGCUCCGGUACAAUAUUACACCGAUGGUGACGAUCUACCAUUGGGACCUGCCCCAAAAGCUUCAAGAGCUAGGAGGUUGGACCAAUCCGGAGAUUAUACCUCUGUUCAAGGAUUACGCUCGCUUUGUGCUGAAAACGUACGGUGAUCGGGUGAAAACCUGGACCACAAUCAACGAGCCGUGGCAUGUGUGUGAGUGUGGCCUCGGACUGGAUUACAUGGCACCGUCCUAUAAUUACCCUGGCAUUCCCUCCUAUCUGUGUGGUCACAACUUGCUGAAAGCCCACGCUGAGGUGGUGCACAUGUAUCGCGAACAAUUUCAGUCGAAACAAGGUGGACGCAUUGGCAUUACCUUGGAUACAUCCUGGAUGGAGCCCAAGGAUAUUAAUUCCACCGACGAUCGCGAGGCCUCCGAGCGAGCCAUGCAGUUCUAUUUGGGCUGGUUCGCACAUCCCAUCUUCUCCGAGCACGGCAACUAUCCCAAGGUGAUGAUCGAGAGGAUCAGGAAUCUAAGCAAAAAGCAGGGUUUUGGUGUUCGAUCCAGAUUGCCCGAAUUCACCACGGAGGAGAUUCAUCGCAUCCGAGGCACCUCCGAUUUCUUCGGUAUCAAUUCGUACACCACCAAACUGGUCACUUUGAAUGGACACAAUAAUACCGGCCAGUUUCCGGUUCCUUCGUUCAAUCAUGAUAUGGGAGUGGUGGAGACCCAGAAGGGCGUCGACUGGCCCAGUUCGGGAUCCGAUUGGCUGAAGGUCUAUCCCAAGGGAAUGUACAAUCUGUUGAUGUGGAUAAACCGGGAGUACAAUGCACCCGAGAUAUUGGUAACGGAGAAUGGCGUCAGUGAUCGUGGUGGUCUGGAGGAUUACGCUCGUGUGGAUUACUAUAACCUCUAUCUCUCAGCGGUGCUGGAUGCCAUCGAGGAUGGUGUAAAUAUCACUGGCUAUAUCGCCUGGUCUCUGAUGGACAGCUAUGAGUGGAAGGUUGGCUUCACGGAGAAGUUUGGCCUCUAUCAUGUGGACUUCAAUUCCCCGAAACGCACAAGAACCCCCAAGAUUUCGGCGCGAGUCUUUGCCCAGAUCUGUAAGACAAACACCAUCGAUUUGAGAUACAGACCCAAGCUCAAUGAAGAACAGCAACAGGUGGCCCAGGCCCAGUUGCUUGCCGAGAAUCAAGUAGCUAGAACAAGUGGAGCUAGUCAGUUGAAGUCCGACGGGUCUUCUUCUCCUGGCUCUCUUUAG